AUCCUUACAAAACACCAAGUUUCAAAAGCACUAUUAGCAUACUAUUUUUGUUGUUAAAGAUAAGCAAACCAUGUUGAAAUUGAUUGGAAGCUUGAGUUGCAUAUGGCUACUCAUGGCCAUAUCUACCAUGGCUCAAGACCAGCCUCCUGUGCUUGACACUGCCGGACGACCUGUAAGAAGUGGCGUAGAAUACUACAUCCUGCCAGCUGCAACCGAUAUUGCUGGUGGGUUAACACUAGUGGCUCGCAAUGGAUCCUGCCCAUCUUUCGUUGGUCAAGAACCCCUCACACCAGUUGUAUCACAGGGCCUUCCUGUUGUCUUCUCACCGUAUGUUGCUGGAGAGACCAUUGUUAGGGAAUCCAGUAGCUUCAUAAUUGAGUUCUCAGCUGCCUCAACUUGUGUCAGCUCUACUAAAUGGAACUUAGCUGCAAGAGAUCCAGCAACGUCAAGGAGAAAUAUUGGGAUAGGAAGCAGUGGAAGUUAUUUCAUGAUUACCAAGGAGAACAAUCUCUAUUACUUGGCAUUUUGUCCGGCUGAUACUUGUAACAUCUGUAGGUUUGAUUGUGGCACUGCUGGCAUCACGAUAGAGAAUGGCACGAGGUUUUUGACUUUGGAUGGUCCUGUAUUUCCUUUUAGAUUCAGGAGGGCUUAAAUUGCUAUCAUUAAUGUAGUAGUGAAAUAGGAGGCUAUAUUCUCCAAAUAAUGUCGAAAGGUUGGCCCUUUUGUCAUUAAAAUAGUAAAUAAAUGGAGACCACUCAUGAAUUAUGAUAAUACAAUUUAUCUACUUCAA